UGUGUCGUUGCGGUUGACCCGAAUAGUCCGAUUUUCGCACUUGGAGCAAUUCCGUCUGUUCUCUCUUUUCCAUAGACACACAAUCGCUUGUUUUCAAACGCACACAACCUGGUGACCGAAUAACAAACAGUAAUUGCAGCAUGGUUCAAGGCUUGGCAUUUCUCAGCAAAAAGUCUUGGCAUGUGAAGAAUUUGGCGAAUCAGGAAAAAGUGUGGGUUGCCGAGCAGCAGCAACAGGCGGAGGCGGCCAAGACGCAAGAACUGGCCAAGCAAAUUCAGCACGAACGCGAACGGGAAGAGCUGGAAGCGCUUACUGGUAAGAAAACAACCCUCGAUCGUGGAAUCGACUGGAUGUACCAGGGGCAAAACGCACAGUCCGAAAUUGCAGAACAAGACGCCAUCAAAAAGUCGGAAGAGUACUUGCUGGGAAAAGAGUACGUUCCGGAAGGAGCAAUCAAGGGCGACCUGGACGAUGGCCAAGCCAUGGAGGGAGUCAAUGCAGUCCUAGCAGCAGCAACGGUAGCCGACACAGCCGGACAAUCCUCGACAGCCUACUCAGAGCAAACGGUUGCGGAACGCAACGAAGCCUUUCGGGUCCGACACGAGGAUCCCAUGUUUGCCGUCUCGACACUCGCGUAUCAGAAAACGCAACAGCACGAGCGCAAUAAGGAACUCUACGAAAAGGUGGUUGGCGGAGUUGCUGUGGACGAGAAACGUCGUUCCAAGAAAGAAAAGAAGCGGAAACGAGACCGGGAAGAAAGUCCGGGACGGAGGUCUUCACGGAAGCAUCACCGCCGUGAUCGGAAAGCCCACGCAGACAACGAGCACUACGAUCGUCGCCGAAGAAAUGACAGUAAGGAAAAGGACCACCACCGUAGACACGAUCGUCGAGACGGCCGUGAGCAUAGCCAAAGCCACGAACCUCGGCACCCAAGAAUUCACCGCAGCCAGAGGCCAAGUCCAAAGCACCAUGAACGUCGGGACCACGGCGGUGACUACUCACACCACCGUUGCCAAUAUGAUCGCAGUAGUAGCGUAGAUUCCCGUAAUCGAAGUUUAUCGAGGGAACGGCGAGGGCAUGGAAGAAACUAUCGAACCCCGGAAUAUGACUACUCGAAGAGCCAACUGAAUCACCAGGAAGUGAGAAGUGAUCGCCUCAACAACGACAAGGCUCGCGACGAUUGCGAGCCUUGUCCAACGCAAUAUGCUACCGUUAGCACGCAAACGAGAGCAGUUCUUCAGAAGCAGAAAGGAUUUGGCUUACAAAAUGCACCUGGAAGAUCAAAGUCUAGUAUCAUGGUCCACCCCCAGCAGUUGGGCCCCAACCAAGAGCUGCUUCGACGGAAGCGGCAAGAACAGCAAGAAGAGCACCGUCGUGUUAAGGAGCUGAAGUCCAAUCGUCGGCUUCUGACAAGUGAAGAGAAGACCAAGGCGUUAAGGGACAUGGAAACGGCUGCUCAUCGACAAGAAGCCACUCGGACGAGUCUAUCGAAGCACAGGGAAAAGGAGGACCCACCCCGGCUUCGAAAUGCAGCGUUUCUGGAGAAGUUGUCGCAGCAAGCAAAUGGAAUGCACGGGGAAGGUGUCAACUUGGCCGACCGCGUUUCACGGAAUCGCAACACAAACCAGAAACUGCACGACAAGUUUCUGUAGUUUCUCGAUUCAGAGUAUCCAUUCUGAAGAAAUUGGUAAGGGUGUAACAUGUUACCUUAAAACUUCUUGCCUAAAGGAGGCGCGAAAGAAAUUCCUG